AUGAGCGCGCACCUCGUCGCGCCUGUGAGCAAUCCGCACGCCGACCGCAUUGGCGGGCUCGACCUCACCGUCGUCCUGGGCGAGCUGCACUCUCUGCGCGACGCCGUCUCGGGCAUGGACGAGCGGCGUCAGCAGAAGUACCUCGAAAAGGCCAUCGACGCGCUCGUCGCGCGUGUGCAGCGCAACCUCGAGGCGGACGGCGUGUGGCGCAAGCUGGCCGCUCUUGACGCCGAGAGCGACCCGCCGAGGACGUUCCAGGGCGCCGUCUACGGCACAAUCUCUCAGCUUUACGCCCGUCUUCGCUCAGGCAAAGUCGGUUCGUCGGUGCAAGUGGCACAGGCGGCGCAGGCCAUCUCGAGCCUCAUCGUCCGCGGCUGGCAGCAGCCAAAGCCCUUCUCGUCGCCCGACAUGUCCGCCCCGCCACGAUCCCUCGCCUUCUGCUACCUGAACUCGGCCCUCGAGGCCGUCCGCGCAGCGAGCUCGAGCCCGAUGCACAGCGAGACGACUCACAGCGGCGUCCAGAUCGGCCUCGCGCACCUCGCACGGGCCCUCCCUUGCCCUCAGUGGGAGGAGCUCGCCAUCGUCGACCCGGGCCUCGCGCCGACGGCGACGUAUCAAGAGGUCAUACUGCGGCAGCUCGGAGCCCUGGCGCACGCGCUCAACGGCGCCAUCCACCUCGAAGCGCUCGAGGCGCAACUCAACGCCAUCAUCAACACGGCCAACGAGGGCCGGUGCCACUUUCUCGCUCUUCGGGACAGCCACGCACCGGCGACGUACGCCGUCGAGCCACCGCCACAGUACAUCUCGGACCACCGGGCGAAGAUGUACGGCGUCUCGCCGGCAGACUUGGCGGGACGGUGGGCUUGA